CCGGUGGGCACCCUGCGUGCCCGCCACUGGCGAUGUGCAGGCGAUACAAAGGUGCAGAAGGUACCCUCAAGGAACUCGGCCUAAAGGGAGAGUUACGCCUGAGGAUGACUGAUUAAAGGCGCCCCAACUCCUGCCGGUGCCGCUUCCUAAAUGUAUGACCCGAGGUGGCCUUCAUCACGCUGGCCGUCGGUGAGAGUGCGCGACCCCGGUCCGCGCGGGCUCCUCUCCCGGCAUCUGUGCUGGCCGGGGGUCGCAUCACGAAGGCGGUCGCAUCACGGGGGACUCCUGUCCGCGGCUGGACUCUAUUACCUGGCAGAACUGAUAGAAGAAUAUACAGUGGCCACCAGCAGGAUCAUAAAAUACAUGAUCUGGUUCUCCACAGCUGUGCUGAUUGGCCUCUACGUGUUUGAGCGUUUCCCCACCUUCAUGAUUGGCGUGGGCCUCUUCACCAACCUCGUCUACUUUGGCCUCCUCCAGACCUUCCCCUUCAUCAUGCUGACCUCGCCUAACUUCAUCCUUUCGUGCGGGCUAGUGGUGGUGAAUCAUUACCUAGCAUUUCAGUUUUUUGCAGAGGAAUAUUAUCCUUUCUCAGAGGUCCUGGCCUAUUUCACUUUCUGUCUGUGGAUAAUCCCGUUUGCGUUCUUUGUGUCACUGUCGGCUGGGGAAAACGUCCUGCCCUCCACCAUGCAGCCAGGAGAUGACGUGGUCUCCAAUUACUUCACCAAAGGCAAGCGGGGCAAACGCUUAGGGAUCCUGAUUGUCUUCUCCUUCAUCAAAGAGGCCGUUCUACCCAGUCGUCAGAAGAUAUACUGAACCCCUUUGGGAGGGGAUGCGGGGGCAAGAUCAGGAGAGUCGGGCCCCUGGGCCUCUGCACUAGGCGGGGACCGUGAGCCUGGAAGGCACCUUCGCCCAGCCCUGGCCCUCGUUCCCUUGACUCUCCCUGAAGCCCUCAUCCCCACCUUCCUCGAAGGGCUCAGCUUGGCUCAGAUCUGACGCUACUAGAGGCUGUGACCUCAGAGGGCACCAGGAGGAUGGCAGAGCCUGCUUAGCCAAGAGGCCAUAGGCCCCCUGGUUAGGCGGGAGCUGAGCUCCCUAUGACCCUCCUGCCCACUUCCGUGAUGGGUCGGGAGGUUCUGGCUCAGCCGGGGCAGGCAGGCAGGGGCUAUGAAGCUGGAGAGCAGACAGGGAUAAGUUCUCUGGGCAGAUGGCCGUGGGGAGGGGCCAUAGCUUGGCACUUCCAGGAGAAAUAGUUUUUGCUGUUGAACUGUGAUUUCUGUCCCAAGUGCUGAUUCCCAUUUGAAUAAAGAUUCUAGGUGGCAGUGUUUGCCUUAAUAUCCUGAAA